UCGAGUGACGCGCGGCCGCUGGUACCCGGCGCUCUUGGCCGCGCUCGGCGUUGGCAGGGGCCGCUUGGGCAGGGUGAUGGCGGGGGAAGCCUGUGAGACCCCGGUGUCCGAGUUGCAGGUCGAGGACGAGAACGAGCUGCCUGUUAUCCAGCUGUGCGGGCUGGUGGAAGAGCUCAGCUAUGGAAACUCUGCUCUCAAAACUGAGACAGAGAUGUUUGAGAAAUAUUACAAUAAACUGGAGCCCAGGGAUCAGCGACUUCCACCAUUAUCAGAAAUUAAAAUAUCAGGAGCAGAAUUUGCACAGUUACGAGGCAGGCGUAGGUCCAAAUCCCGCAUAGGUAUAGACCGUGCGCUAGGCCUCAGUGUCGACCAAAAAUGUGAGCUUGUACAGAAGGAGCUGGAAGACACAAAGGAAGAAAUACGGCACAUGAGAGCGAAUGCUGAACGGGAUAUGCAGCAUCAUGAGGCUAUCAUUGAGGAAGCAGAAAUUCGAUGGGCUGAAGUUCAGCGAGAGGUGCAUGAGUUUGAAAAAGAUGUUGUAAAAACCAUAUCCAAGAAGAAAGGGAGUAUUUUGGCCACUCAGAAGGUGAUGAAGUACAUUGAGGAUAUGAACCGCCGGAGGGAUAGUAUAAAGGAUAAAUUACGUUUGAAAAACGUUUCCCUCAAAGUCCAGAGGAAAAAGGUGCUUUCACAAUUGAGGCAGAAGGAAGAGGUGGGUGAGGCCCUACACGAUGUUGAUUUUCAGCAGCUGAAGAUCGAGAAUGCUCAGUUUUUAGAGGCGAUUGAAACAAGGAAUCAAGAACUGAUCCAGCUAAAGUUGGCAUCUGGAAAUACCCUGCAAGUCCUCAACACAUACAAAAGCAAGCUACAACGAGCAAUGGAAAUGUCCAGCAGUCUGAACAAAGAGAUCUUGCUGAGAAAUGAGUUACUUGAAAAAAUUGAGAGAGAAACCAUACAAGUGGAGGAGGACCGGGCUAAAGCCGAGGCUUUGAACAAGAAGCUGCGGAAGCAGCUGGCCGAGUUCCGAGCGCCGCAGGUGAUGGGGUACGUCCGCGAGAAGAUCCUAAAUGGGGACCUGGAGAAGUCCAUCAAGAUGUGGGAAAGGAAAGUGGAGAUUGCAGAGAAGAAACAGAUGCAAACACCACGAAACUAAGAGAAACUGGAGAACCCAAACCUCAGAACCAGAGGAAGGGCUGACAAAAGCAGUGAAGGACAGCAGGAGUGCAGGGAGUUGGGAUGACACCGGUGCCACAAAGUCAGAAAAAGCUGGUCCAACAUGCUGCUCAGCAAGGAAGUGGAGAGAAAAGAAGUAAAACCAUCACCAAAAUGAAGGCCAAUAUGGAAGCAGCAUAAAGGAGAAUAGAGACCACAGAAAACACACUAAGGGACACAGAAAGUAGGACUGAGAAAAGUGACUACAGUGCAAUAGACCUUAAUGAAGAUUUUUAAAGGUUGGAGAGGAAAAUGACAAAUAUGGCAGUCAAUGGAGAGUCAGCAGACCACAAGGAAGGUAACCAAAAUAACAACACAGGAAAAAUAUUUCAAGAUAUAAUUUAAGAAAGUUUUCUGGAAAUAAGACUUGAAUUUCCAGUGGAAGGGUACUGCACAUCCUAGGGAAGUAGCAAUACAGAAUGAUCAACACCGAGACAUGUCCUUGUCAUCUCCCAGCAGGAGACAGAUGGCAUACUCAAAUAAGGUAGAUUGAGGAAAGUUUAAUAAAGGCAUUCUUUACACAGGUCUCGGCCGGAUGUGUGGAAAUCACGAGGGAUAGUGCAGUAUGCUGGGUACUGGUUGGCAUAUGCACCUCCCUGCUGAUGUAAUAACAGGGUGCUGGCACCACUCUAGGCUCUAGGUGAGGGGAGGGAGUGGUCAGACAGAGCUGUGGGGAGUGGGUCAUUUGGCUGGAGGAGGCAAGCAGUCUGCAGUAUCCCUCAGAGGAAUAAGGACCCUGACCUCACUCUCCUCCCUCCCUCUGAUCUCUUGCCUGUGCUCCCUUUGGCCAAGCCCAACUGGACCCAGAAGGCAAGAGCACCCACUGGUGUAACCCACACAGGUCAGCCUCCUGGGAGCCAGCAGAGUAGAAAAGGGUAGAGAGAGGAUCUGGAGGGGCAAAUGGGAGAGGUCAAGUAUAGCUAGUAAAGUUGCUGGACUUCAUUGACAAAGAGGGAACCCUUGGACAUCCAGACAAAAACAGAUUGUCAUCUUAACUUUGGCCAUCUAACGUAUGUCUAACCCAGGGAACUUGUGAAAGUGAAAGGGGACACUGCCAGCAGGAUACUAGGAUAAUAGGUGUGAACCAGGUCUCUCUCAGGCAUACUAGAAUGUGGGUCACCCACCUAUAGAGGAAAAAUCCAGACUGGCUUCUGACUUCACAGCAAGAUUUAAUAUCAGAAGCCAGGAGGUAAUGUCUAUGAAGUCUUCAAAAGGAAAGACGAUGUGAACCAUGAAUUCUGUACGUAAGGAAACACAGUUCUUGGGACCCCUUUAAGAAAUUACUUGAAGACAAAUUUUAGCCAAUUCUAGAGCUGAAUGGAGAAAAUCCAGCAAAAGGACUGUUGGUAAGUAUGGAAUUCAUUAUAAUAUUGGACUAAAAAGAAAAAAUUCUUAAAGUUUAGGUUGGAGUAAUAAUGUAAACCCUGGCAAUAAUCAAAUGGUGUAACUAAAGCUGAAAGAAAGUCAGAGGUGGGUAUAUACACCAAUUUUCUCAUCUUUU